AUGGCGCCCAACCCACAGACCUCAGCUCUGCACAUAAUCGAGAAGGAAACUAAACGCCGAUACGACCGCAUCUUCGGUGCCCUCUGGGAGAAGCUGGUGGCCCUGAUGCAGUCCCCCCAAAAGGGACCCCCACCUGGCGACAUGAGGCAGGGUCCAAAGCAUGGAAGCGCAGGGGGAGAUAGGGCGAACCCCCGGAACCCCACCCGCAUGAAGGGUAACCCAGUAACCUGGAACCGCACAAAGGCCACUCACAGCCCGCACAAAACAACUGAAACACAAGUGACACUCAAGGCACAGCUCCAAAGGCAGCCUUACAGAUGUUCAGAGACCCAACCUAAACUCCAGAGGGGCCCAGACUGGACGAGAGGACAGCAGAAAGAAAAGCACAAAAUGGCUGCCAUGAAACUUCCAUACCGGGAAGGCAAUGACAGGCGACCACACCAAAAAAUAUGCAGCACAGCCAAGACCCUACGCUGCCUGCCAGGUGAACCUGACAGGGGCGCCCUUACUCACCACACGACUGGAAUACAGAACAUGGGGUACGUGAUCAGAGCAGACCACGAUCCGACAGGGUCGCUGCCCGGCGAACUAAACCGGCACAGAGCCCAUCCACAACCAACGAGGGAGGGGACCCCGCAACGCUCUGGGCCCACCCGCCAAUCCUUCAGAGCUGGUGUCGGCUGACCAAGGCGGACUGACCCAGAGACAAUCUGUGUCCCUGCAGGCCCUACAGCAGAGACACUGCAAGAUCCCACCUCACAGUAUGUCUCACAGUAUGGCCCUGGCAAAUCGCAGCAGAGACUGUUAGUUCUGUAUAGCAGCAGUGGAGCAAGCAAUACAGUAUAUUAACCACAGCUUCUGUAAUAUUUAUGGCAUGGACGACAAAAACCUUUAGAUUAUCAAAUUGUCCAACUGACUGGAUGGAGCUUUGGGUGGAUGAUGCUUUCUGGAGAUUGCUGUUUUCUGUUCUCUUGCUUGUUAUUAUGUUUCUUUGGAGACCUUCAGCAAAUAACCAGAGGUACGCAUUCACCCCACUAAUGGAUGAUUCUGAUGACAAGGUGGAAGAAUUCUUUGUAACAGACCAUUUAGCUGAAGGAAUGAAAUUAAGAGGAACGAAGACAGAACCCAAUGGAACAUCAAAACCUCCUGCUACUAAUACAGAUGAAGACUUGAAGUGGGUGGAAGAAAAUAUCCCGACUUAA